GGGAGGAACUCCCAGCAGCAGAAGUCAACCAGGAAGCGAAGGCUGUUAGAGCAGACAUACCGUCCUGGGCUGACGGCUAAACGGCGUUAUAGACGACUGGAACCAGUACUCUUUAACAGUACACGACUUGUAUUUAGUUUUUCUAUUUAGUUACACACACAACAGCGACAUGGCUUCCCUCUUCAAGAAGAAGACUGUCGAUGACGUCAUCAAGGAACAGUCUAAAGAGCUGCGCGGCACUCAGAGACAGAUCACCAGGGACCGAGCGGCGCUGGAGAAACAGGAGAAACAAAUGGAGAUGGAGAUCAAGAAAAUGGCAAAAAGCGGUAACAAGGAGGCGUGUAAGAUUCUUGCCAAGCAGUUAGUCCAGCUGAGGAAGCAGAAGAACCGGACGUACGCCGUGAGCUCCAAGGUUACCUCCAUGUCAACCCAAGCUAAAGUCAUGAACUCUCAAAUGAAGAUGGCUGGUGCCAUGUCCACCACAGCCAAGACUAUGCAGGCUGUGAAUAAGAAAAUGGAUCCACAGAAGACGCUGAAGACCAUGCAGGACUUCCAGAAGGAGAACAUGAAGAUGGAGAUGACCGAGGACAUGAUCAACGACACUUUAGAUGACAUCUUUGAUGAAUCUGGGGAUGAAGAAGAAUCUCAGGACAUUGUCAACCAGGUUCUGGAUGAGAUCGGCAUUGAGAUCUCAGGGAAGAUGGUCAGAGCACCAGCCGCAGGAAAGAGCGUCCCCAGUGCCGCCGCCUCCUCCAAACAAGCCACCAUAUCCGACGACGAGAUCGAGAGACAGCUUCGAGCUCUGGGAGUGGAUUAAUUAGCGCUCCUGUUUUUGUUCACACUCUAAACUGGUGCAACUCAAAACUG